GUUGAAAUCAUAACAGUGUAAAUACAUAUUUAACAUCAGGAUGACAACAACUCGUCUUUUCACUUGGAUUUCCUUUCUACUAGGCGUUACAGCAAUAGCCAUCGAAUGUCCGGACAGCUGGAUCACAUUUCAUGACCACUGCUAUCUGUUUAGUGUCGACAAGCUGAAUUGGUUCCAUGCUACGAAAUCAUGCAAGGAUAAAGAAGCGCUCUUGGUUGCCAUAGAAUCCGCGGCGGAGGACACAUUUUUGAAACAGUCUAUAGUGCAUUUUCAUUUACACGACAAUCCCCAGUUUGUAGGUUACUGGACAAGCGCUAAUGACCUUGAGGUUGAAGGUCGCUGGGUGUGGGGCUACCCGAGUGAUAACCAGGUCACAUAUGCUGACUGGCAUGCCGGUGAACCCAAUAACGUCUGGUUUGAUAAGAGAGCGGAAGAUUGUGUGGUGUUAUGGGGACAUAGUACCUACAACUACACAUGGAACGAUCAGCCCUGCGAUAUUGCGGAGCACUACAUCUGCGAAAUAGGCGAACCCCAUGCAGAAGUGGUAGGAUAGUGUGUGUGAUAUUGGAUGUAACUGUCAAUUAUAAAUCAGCGCAAG